AUGGAAGCCCGGAAGCCAUUUGAGGCGCAAAUCGAGCCGGCCCAGACUGUCUGUCAGCCAUCAUCGGGCUUGGAUGCCGAACCGAACCCAGAGAGUUGUGUGGAAUCCCGUUAUUCGUUAGGAGCACAAACGCUGGAUAAUCGUCUUGAAGCUGCUAAUGAAGCGGUAUCGUCCAUCGAUAAAAGCCUCCCUGGACUCCUCAGACUGUUUUUCCACGGAAAGAAAACAAAACUCACGCGGGAGGCCAGAGCAGCAAAUGAGCCGGUUGCCCCGACACCGAUGGCCAUCGAAGAAGAGUUGGCAAAAAAACAGAAGGAAGACGAGUUGGCAAAACAGAUGGUAGACCUGCACAAGCUCGUGUUGGCAUAUGGGGCAAAUUUAAAGAAGCAUAAUUCGGAAUUGGGCAAAGGGUAUUAUAAGGAUGAAGCUAGGGAAAUAGGUGAAGAAACGUUUGACUCCCACGUGUUUGCUAGAAAGGAAAUUUUACAGGAAGGAAUGAGAUAUGUUCGCUUCGGUGACGGGCUUGAAGCGCAGAGAAAGAAGACCUGGGCAGAAAGCGUUGUGAUCCAAGGCUUGCCAGAUGCGGAAAAUUCAAGUGUCGAUUUCGCAAUGUUGCUGCCACAGUAUAACCUGCCGGUCGAGUCGAUUAUCCUCGAGAUGUUCUCUCUCUUUUCCCACCUUCGGAAGCUCUUCAGGGCAAAACCCUCAGCCAAAGAAGAAGCGACCGACGUAGUCGAGACCAAAUCCAUCGAGACGACCCAAACGGACGCUUCCUAUUCAAAAGAGGUUGAGCAUCAUCAGCCCAUGCCAGCACCAACAUGGGCUCUCCCUCUCUGCGGUCCUCUAUUCAACAAAUUUUCACUCAAAAACGAUACGCAAAACAAGACGAGCUACAACAACCUCAAGUCCACAUCAACUCUCUGCGCGCCUUGCAUCCCCGAGAAGGACGAUCUCGUCAUCAUCGAUCCACCUACCACAGAAGACGCUCCAGAGGCAGAUUCCCGGCCUGUCAAGGAGCCCCUAUGCGACUUUGAGAUCCAGAACGAACCAGGAAGGAGAAAGUUCGUGAUGUACUUGACGGAAGACAUCGACGAGACUAUUAACGCCGAGGGAAUGAUGCUUAUCGCGAGCCUUUUGGGGACUCUGAGGAACGGCGUGGUGGGGAAUGCCCCCAUCAAUUAUUCGACCCGGCGCUCGGCGAACUUGAUCAAGAUUAGAGCCGCGAGGUGGGCGGAUGAAGUGGGUAAGGAAGCGGACAAGUUGCUCAAGAAGGAGGCUGUCAAGGUAGCGAGGAUUCGGAGAAAAGCACAGGAGGACAAGGAGGUAAAUGGUGAGGAGGCGGAUAGUAACGAUGUCAAAUAG